AUGGACUCUCCACGCCUCGCGCCGCACCCGCCGGCGAGGGGCUCGCUGAAGGGAGCGGCGGACGAGGAGAUUGAGGCUGCCUCCGCCGCCUGCUGCCGUAUCUGCCUCGAUUCCGGUGAUGACUUGAUCUCGCCCUGCAUGUGUAAGGGGACGCAGCAGUUCGUGCACCGCUCUUGCCUUGACCACUGGAGGUCUAUCAGGGAAGGAACUGCCUUUUCACAUUGCACAACAUGCAAGGCGCAAUUCCAUCUACGGGUGCAAUUUCUCGAGGGAGAUGGGGGCUGUAAAAUGAAAUUCCGACUGUUCGUUGCAAGGGAUAUCCUACUUGUGUUCCUUGCCAUCCAAACUGCCGUUGCUGCCAUCGGUGGUGUGGCAUAUUGGCUGGAUAAAGGUGGGCAUUUCAGGAACAGAUUUGCUGAUGGGUGGGUUCACAUUCUUUCAAAGCAUCCUGUGCCCUUUUACUAUUGUGUUGGUGUAGUGGUGUUUUUUGCACUGGUUGGAGUUUUUGGGCUCAUUUUACACUGCUCGACGUCCCCGUCUUCCAACAAUGAUUUUCCAUGCUUCGCUAGAUCCUCGAACCGCAGAUCAGAUUCAUCAGACGAUGACUUUGUUGUUGUUGUUGUCAUCGUUAUUAUUUUUGCCAUCGUUGGAAUUGUGUAUGCCUUUAUUGCUGCAACUAUUGCUGUCCAGCGGAUCUUUCAACGACACUACCACAUACUUGCUAAGAAGGAGCUGACAAAGGAGUAUGUCGUGGAGGACCUCCGAGGGGGUUAUACACCACCAAAGUUGGACCCAGAGCACGAGCAGCGCUUGAAGAAGCUGCAGCUCAUAUAG